GCAGGGGAAGUGCAGGGAGGAAGGAGCUGGCAGGCUCAUAACAAGAGAAGAGAUACUUGUGACAGUCGCACUGCAGGACACCACAACUAUCCUGGAAUCAAAGAAUCUUUGGCAAGUUAUCGAGAAGUUCUACUGGCAGAAUGAUGUGCGAAGGGACCAGUAACCAAACAAGAGAGGAUGAUGUGAAAAGACUCUGAGAGCACCGAGCCAUCACCUGCAGUGCCCAAAGGGAAAAUAUAUCAAUAUACUGAGACCAUUCCAAGGAGAGACCCUCGGCCAGCUGGGAGGACGGACAGCACUCCAGGAAAACACCGGUUCUAGAAUACCAGGACACAGAGAAUCCUAGACAGGGCUAUAGGAGGGGGACAGUGAUCUGGGCUGAAUCGCAAGACAUGUCUUCUAAGCGGUGCUGCUGUUAAACUUCUCUGGAAGAGUAAUUUACAGGAAUAAUUCUGGUUUUCAAGCUGUGCCCCACCUGGGCAUUCUACAUUAUCCUCAGCUCAGGAAGAUGAGCGAAACUUACACAGCUCCAAAAAUCAAUGAAAUUAGACAAGAAGGCAGAGGAGGAUAAAGGGCCAAGGGAGAGAAACCCAGACUGGUCAGAUGGGCAACAAGGCAAUGGGGCAACUUCCGGGCAUCCUAAUCAUAGCGGCUGGUCUCCUGCUCUCCAUACAAAGGACUUUGACCAAUGAAAUUCUUGGGCUGAAGAUUCCUCCUGAACCGGUGCUGAAUGGCAACACUGUGUGUUUAACGUUGCCAGGCUUGACUCGUCGGCAAAUGGAGGUGUGCAUGCGCCACCCUGAUGUAGCGGCCUCUGCCAUUCAGGGGAUCCAGAUUGCCAUACACGAAUGCCAGAACCAGUUUCGAGAUCACAGGUGGAACUGCUCAAGUCUGGAGACCAAGAACAAGAUACCGUAUGAAAGUGCGGUGUUCAGUCGAGGUUUCCGAGAGAGUGCUUAUGCUUACGCCAUCGCCGCUGCGGGCGUGGUACAUGCCGUAUCAAAUGCCUGUGCCAUGGGCAAGCUGAAGUCAUGUGGCUGCGAUGAGAAGAGGAGAGGAGACGAGGAAGCCUUCAGAGCAAAACUGCACCGGCUACAGCUGGAGGCUAUGAACCAUAGAAAGGGAGUGGUUCAUGGGGUUAUGGAGCAUUUGCCGGCAGAUGCCCCUGGCCCCCAGGACUCCUGGGAGUGGGGCGGCUGCAGCCCUGAUGUAGAAUACGGGGAGCGAUUUUCCAGAGACUUUUUGGAUUCCCGGGAAUUGUACAGAGACAUCCAUGCCCGCAUGAGGCUACACAACAACAGGGUUGGCAGACAGGUCGUAACAGACAACAUGAAGAUGAAAUGCAAAUGCCACGGUACGUCUGGGAGUUGCCAGCUCAAGACCUGCUGGCAAGUGACACCUGAAUUUCGGGUGGUUGGGUCCCUGCUGAAGGACAGAUUUCACGGGGCCACACUUAUAAAACCUCACAACAGGAACACGGGCCAGGUGGAGCAGACACAGGCCCCUUACCGGAGAAAGCCCAGCAUCACCGGCCUGGUGUAUUUCGAGAAGUCUCCUGACUUCUGUGAACAGGAACUGCAUUUAGACUCAGCGGGUACACAGGGUCGGUUAUGCAACAAAACUAGCCCAGGAAUGGACAACUGUGAGAGUCUGUGCUGUGGGAGAGGACACAACAUUUUACGCCAGACACGCAGCGAGCGCUGUAACUGCAAAUUUCACUGGUGUUGUUAUGUGGUCUGCGAGGAGUGCCGCAUCACUGAAUGGGUGAGCGUCUGUAAAUAGAUAAGUGGCGCCCCCUGUUGAGGAAGAGAAAAAGUCGAAAACAUUUCUACUCGCUGGAAGUUCUCCAACAGAAAGAAACAAGGAAACAAUUGACCACGCUGGCAGUUAUCACGGAAUAAACAUUGCUUCAAAGGGUCCUCUGCUAACUAUUAUGACAUACAGGAAAAAUCCGAUCCAUAAACAUGGGGGGGAAAUGAUAAUAAAGAUAUUAAGCCCUGAUGCUUAGCUAUAGACUUGGUUGGAACAAAACUAAAGAAAAUGUAACCAAGUAAAAACUACUUCCAGUUUACAGUCCCUUGUGUGCAUCACGUGGAUUAUGGGGUACCCACCAUGGUCUGCUUUAAGAGGAUUUCAUUUCUUCCAUUCCUGGGAGAGGUCUGUGGAACACAAAGAAACCAAUCUGUGCAGUUUUCAUGAAACAAUAUAUCGAAAAUGUAUUUUCUCAAUUGUUCUCCUUUAAGGCUGGCUGAGCAUUAUGGGGCAUACAGUUCCAGUAUAUUGGAGUGCUAGGUUUAGCCAUCACUAUUAUUCAAAGGGAAUUUCAGCCAGUGAGUAUAUUUGCGGCCUCCUUCAUUCAUGACAUCAUCACGCUGCCCAAUAUAUAAAUGAAACAAAACAAAGUUUGGAGAAAAAGAAAACAAAAAACUUUUAUUUUACUCGAUCUGCCAGUACAACCCACAUUAGAGGGUUCUAGCGCUAGUUCUUCAUCUGCUACUAGAAUGAAAUACCGAUAAUGCCCUGCCGGCUAGCUGUAGCUAUUGGCAGAGAAUUAAAGGAAAUAUAGUUUGGCAUAGUUGAACUUGGAGUUGAAAGUUGUGCACCCCAGGUAUAGAUAAUGCGCUUUUAUGCUUUGUCAUUCCAUGUUCUGACACCAAUCUACACUUUGAAUUCUUUGAAGUUUUCAUAAAUGCGUAGACACCCUUCCCUUGCCAGGGGGUGAAUAGAGUUUCGCUAUUUCGUGCUAUCUGGCUGCUAAAAGGAUAUCUAGAAUUUGAUGGACACUCAGAAUAUCCACUAAGUAUCCUGUACAGCCAGGCGUGUCAUCUGUAGCUGGACUCCAACUCCCAUCAGUUACAGCUAGACUCAAAUGAAUAUUAGAGCACACACUUUAAAGGGACACUAUUGUCACUAGAACAACUACACCUAAAUACUCCUGGGAGCUCACUGUAUAAUCAUAGAGACCAAUCUCUUUACAGCCCUGUCUGUAUAUUGAGAAUCAUUUAACAUUUUAGCAGGGGUUAUUUACUACCAGUGUUAUUCAAUAAAGUGAGAAUUCAAAAGUGAAAUUCACAUUUAAGACCAAGGAGAGAACAUUUCCAGUUUGGGUAUUUUUACCUUGAAUUUAAAUUCACUUAAAAUUGUCACGUUAGUGAAUAAUACUCUUAAAGGGAAACUAUAGGCUAGGAAUACAGACUAUACUAUAAUGCCCACUUCACUUGCGUGCCCCCCCUGAAUCCAGUGAUGACUGGCGCUGGGUCAGUCUCCGCUCCGCUGUUCCUCCCCCGUCGGCCGACGUGAAAGACCUCAUCGCAUUAGGACAAUCCCAUAGGAAAGUAUGGGGCUUUAGCUGAUGCUGGAUGCCCUCAUGCAGAGCAUGAGGACAGCAUGCAUCAGUUAGGCAACCAAAGUGGAUCCAGAAGCACCUCUAGUGUCUGUCUGGUACACAGCAAGAGAUGGAGUUUAUCAAUAACUGCAAUUAUUACAAUUGCAGAGUUAAACUGACAGGGACACUGCACUCAGAUCACGUUAAUGAGCUGACGUGGUCUGGAUGUCUAUAGUGUCCCUUUAAUAUCACAGUGCAGUGAAAAUAAAUGAGCAGAGUUGAAGAAAAAUCUUCAGUUCUGGUUUCUUCUCAAAUUUGUUUUGGCCUAUAGUUUGCAAACUCAGUUUUGAAUUCACCGCAAUUCACAGUUUACAGCAUAAAUCUCACAAUUUGUGACCCAGUUGUGAUUAGUGCUGUCAGUAACCCUGUCAGGGCUGUAGGCAUGAGAAAUUCCUCCGAUUGCACACACGUUCUCCGGUAAGGACAUAAAGCUGAUCAGGCGGUCUGACAGUGUGUUCUGUGAAAUUCUAUCGCCGGACCUCUCUGAAUCAUUGUGGGUUCACCACCAAGUAUACUGGUAAUUAGGGGGUACACUAAGGUAAAGUAAGAACGAGGUAAAAAUAUUAUGUGCCGUUUAAAAAGAGACAGAAAAACAUACUGUAUGUGU